AUGUUUCGCGACAUUGAACCUCUCGUAAAACCAAUAAUUCCAUCUUUCCCCUUGGAUGAUUCAUUAUAUUGUCUAGACCCUGAGGAGAUUGCCUUCUUCAGGAGACAUACUGGCAUUCAAGAUGAAGUGGACCUGAAAACACACAUCAUUGAUGUGCAAAGGGAAGCAUACAAGGUAGCUCCCUAUGCUUGUAUCCGAGGAUUUGAUUUCUUGCACCAAACCAUGUCUAAACUACAUAUUUACGACCACAUUUUGAAGCGUGGUUCUGAAGGAGCAAUAUUACUCGAUGUCGGUUCUUGUCUUGGUGCCGAUGUUAGGAAGGCAGUUGAAGAUGGAUUUCCGGCCCAUAACAUCAUUGCUUCUGACAUUAAAGAAGCAUUCUCCGAGUUGGGACGCAAACUCUUUAAAUCGAGCUUGGAGCCGAUUUUAUUUAUACCUGGCGACAUAUUUGACCCCGCAUUUCUAUCGAUUUCGCAGCCAGCUAGGUUUGUCCCGGAGAGUGCGAUACCGGACAUUCAAACGCUGCGGUCACUAAACGACCUUCACGGUCGCGUCGGUAUCAUCCACGCUUCCAAGCUAUUUCAUCUAUUCGACGAGCAGAAGCAACUUGAACUUGCUCGCGCUUUGGGAGGCUUGCUAUCCUGCGAAUCUGGCUCCACAAUCUGCGGUACUCAGUCAAUUGCAUUGGAGAAAGGCAUCGUUCAUCACACAGUGCUAGGCAUUGAUAUUUCCUGCUUUUACCACUCCCGAGAAACUUGGAUGAGUUUGUGGGAUGGCAUCGUGUUUAAAAAGGGCGAGGUAAAGGUUGAGACAACAACAUCCACCGUUGAUGUGGGCGGCGUUACUUUUCGCCUUUUACAUUGGUCUGUUACGAGACUGUGAGGAUUUUGUCCAUUCACGGAAGAGCAUGUCUAUUUACAGAAGUACAUGACUCGGACCAGUCCAGACCUUCCACUUACUCUACUUACUAAGUAGUAUUUACCCAACAAUUGCUAGAAACAACACACUCGCCCUUGCAACAAUAACACGCAGUCUUAUGCAUCGCCAACUCAUGAGCGUUUGCACGUUCUCUGAAUCGACUUGAAAACCGGCCAAUAAUGAAUGAGUUUCUUCCCAUAAUCCGCAGGAGCACUCAGAUCCUU